AUGUGGUGGAUGCUGUUUCCACGCUGGAUCUGGUUCCUGGCUGUACAGUCCUUGAUCUUCCUCGUGAGCGACACCGUCAAAGGAAUGAGUUUGCCAAAAGUAAUGUACUCUCACGCGGGUAUCUGUCCGAACGAGAUGAACCCAAAUUUGUGGGUAGAUGCAAUGAGCACCUGCACCCGAGAGUGUGAAUCUGAUCAGGAAUGCGAAGUAUCUGAAAAGUGCUGUUCAAAUGUUUGCGGGAACCGGAGCUGCGUGGCUGCCCGCUACAUAGAUGCGACAGGGAAGAAAGGUCCUGUGGGCAUGCCCAAAGAGGCAACAUGUGACAAGUUCAUGUGCACUCAGCAAGGCUCUGAAUGUGAGAUCUGGGACGGGCAGCCGGUGUGCAAGUGCCGUGACCGCUGUGAGCGGGAGCCCCACUUUACCUGCGCCUCAGACGGAAUGACUUAUUACAACAAGUGCUACAUGGAUGCGGAAGCCUGCUCCAAGGGCAUCUCCCUCUCUGUAGUGACCUGUCAGUUCCACCUGACCUGGCCCAACACCAGCCCGUUACCUGUAGGCACGACGGCCCACCCCACCACCGCGCUCUUAGAGACGACCCCUGUGGAUAUGCACGCACCUGUCAUGGCGGGUAGCCCACCUCACCAGUCUGUGUACGUGGGAGAGACGGCCAGCUUCCUCUGCGAAGUGACCGGUCGGCCUAAGCCUGAGAUAACCUGGGAAAAGCAGUCAGAGGGGAAGGAGAACGUGGUCAUGAAACCCAACCACGUACGUGGGAACAUUGUCGUCACCAACAUCGGCCAGCUGGUCAUCUACAACGCUCAGCCUCAAGAUGCGGGUACGUAUACCUGCACUGCAAAGAACUCGGGUGGUGUGAUCCAAGUUCAUUUCCCCCUCUCUGUGGUCCAGAAAGACAUAGAGAAGAAAGAGGACCACAGUAACUCUACCCGAUUUCCUGCAGAAGAGUGCCUCAAGCUGCCUGACACUGAAGACUGUGGUGAGGAAAAAGUGAGCUGGCAUUACGACGCCAAGAGAAACGACUGCUUUACCUUUACCUAUGGCAACUGUAAUAAAAACCUAAAUCACUUUGACACAUAUGAGUCAUGCAUGCUGUCCUGCCAGAAAGAGCUGGCUGCACCUUGCGCCCUGCCUAGCUUGCAAGGACCUUGCAAGGCAUACGAACCACGCUGGGCAUACAGCAGUUCCCUUCACCAGUGCCAACCCUUCAUCUACGGUGGCUGCGGAGGCAACGAGAACAACUUUGAGACGAAAGAAGCCUGCGAGGAUGCCUGCCCGUUUCCCAGAAACCACCGCUGCAAGGCUUGCAAGCCGCGACACAAGAUGGUGACAAGCUUUUGCAAGAGCGACUUUGUCAUCUUGGGUCGGAUGACGGAGCUGACGGAGGACCAGGACACGGGCCACGCUCUCAUUACAGUGGAGGAGAUCCUGAAGGACGAGAAGAUGGGACUCAAGUUCUUCGGGAAAGAGCCAUUAGAGGUGACCCUGCAAAACAUGGACUGGAACUGUCCGUGCCCGAACGUCACCACUUCUGACGGCCAGAUCAUCAUCAUGGGCGAUGUGCACAACGGCAUGGCUGUCCUGCAGCCCGAUAGCUUUGUCAGCUUGAGUAACAUUCGGCGAAUCCGUAAGCUCCGGGAGGUCAUCAGUAAGAACACGUGUGACAUCCUGAAAGAGUUCACCCAGUAA